AUGACGCCCACCGCAGCUCCGACGGUGUCGCUGCCGCCCGUUAAGGUGGCCCCCUCCACCACCAGCAGCGCCACGUCGGCGCCCAGCAGCCCCAUGAGCAGCGCCAGCAGCGGCGCGGACCUGAGCCACCAGGUGCAGGCGGCGCUGACCCGCCUGCUGGGCGUGAGCUCCGCGUUCAAGGACCUGCAGCCGGGCAAGGACACGCAGGUGUCCACGCGCGAGGAGACCAUCGCCAUGAUGCAGCACUACCUCAAGCGGCUGCAGCUGGACGACGUGGUGGACAGCAGCUCCCCACGCGCGCUCUCGGUGAUUCACGUGGCCGGCACCAAGGGCAAGGGCUCGACCUGCGCCAUGGUGGAGCGCAUCCUGCGCCAGGCGGGCUACAAGACGGGUCUCUUCACGUCGCCCCAUCUGGUCUCGCCCUGCGAGCGCUUCCGCAUCAACGGGAAACCCAUCGCGGACGACGUCUUCCUGCGCCACUUCAACGCCGUCGGGCUCGGCGGACGACUCGACGCCACCAACGUCUUCCGCAAGCCCGUUGUGUGCGGCAUCUCGACGUUGGAUCUGGAUCACACCCGCGUGCUGGGCGAGACGCUGGACCUCAUUGCUUACGCAAAGGCUGGCAUCUUCAAGCCCCGCGUGCCGGCCUUCACGACAGCGCAGGAACCGCUGGCGAUGCAGAUGCUGGAGAAGUGCGCCGCCGACACGAACACUCCUCUGGUUCGUGUACCCACGCUGGACGGAUUUGGGCCCGACGGAGUGAACUGUAAGCUCGGCCUGCACGGCGACUACCAGCGUACGAAUGCUGGACUUGCUGUGGCAUUGGCGUAUACCUGGCUGCGUCACAAGCGUGGAGAGGACGCGACAGCGCCGCUGGACCUGGCCGCGACACUUGAGCCCGAUGUGAAGGAAGGAGUGAAGUACGCAUUCUGGCCUGGACGAGCGCAGCUCUGGGAGGAUGAAGCGCACAAGAUGCGCUUCUACAUCGACGGUGCUCACACCCUACGCAGCCUAGAGUGUUGUGCGGACUGGUUCCGUCAGGCGGCGACGCGAAUCACUCCAGCGGACAAGCGCGUGCUCAUAUUCACGAUCCAUCACGAGCGCAAUGUGGCACAGCUCUUCGAGCCGCUGUUGAAGCAGCACUUUGAUCACGUGUACUUUUGCCCCACGAGCUCGUCACGCCCGAGCCUGGCUAAGGUGCACACGUUCUCGGAAGCACUGGAGGUUGCUGGCUUUCAGAACGUGGUGUCUUCAUACUCACCGGAAGAGUUGGCGGCGCUGGACGACGUGAGUAGCGAGGCUCACCCGUGGCAGACGACGCUAUCGCGUAUCUGGAGUGGAUUGAAGACCCACGUGAUCAAGGAGGACCAGAGCCAGUGCGUGGUUGCGGUGAAGGACUCGGUGGUUGACUGCAUUAACGAGCUGCGCGCGCUCUCGGAGGCGGCAGGAGCUUCACUGAUCGAGGGAGAAGCUGCGAAGGGCGAGCAAUGGGACGAGAACUGGAGCGUGCUCGUGACAGGGUCGUUGUAUCUCGGCGGCGAGGCGUUGGACUUCCUGGGCUGGCAGGAGUAA